AUGUUAUGCAGUUCCGAAAAACGAUUUCGACAAGUACAGUUGGGCCUAGGUGCUACUAAUUCAUUGGAGAAAACAGUAAAGCAAUUCACCGCUAAUAGUGAUCGAUGGGUUGUUCCGAACAAUAGUCAAAAUGCAGUUGUUUCGCAACGUCAACUUUCUGGCAGAUUCAAUGCAGCGAGCAUAGUUAAUUUGCUUACUGUUAUCAUGCAAAUUUUGAACAGAAAUCGGUCAAACUUGGUAUCACCCAAUCGGUAUAUGCGACAGGAUUGGAAUCUGAAAGAGUAUGUUCAAUUUACAAGUACAGAGAAUGAUUAUAAUCAAAAGCGCCAGACUUUGGCUCAUCUGGACACCGGCGGAAAUAAUUUUGAUCGCUUUAUAGUAUCGGAAAGGAGAAACGAUAACCCAUUUUUGGACUGGGUUGUAGGCAGAUUUAAUAGGCAAGGUUUGGAUUGGUCAAAUGGAAAUCUCAGACUGGUCAAUAUACAAGGUAACAGUAUACUGGGAUCCGACCUAAUUGUACACGAUCGUAGUGUUGAAAUACCUCUCAAACAGUGGCUUUAUGCUUUGAAUUCGAUUCUUAAGCCAAGCUCUGAUUAUUAA